AUAAUAAUUAUAUACCUAAAAUUCUAAACAGAAACUUUAAAAAAUUUAAGACACUGUUGCCGUCUAGGCUAGACACCAAACGCUGCUAAGCAUGUAUUAUUUAUAGAAUGAGAAACCACUACCCAGUAACUCGCUACUUAAAACAAUACCAAAUAUUUCAUUGCACCUUCAAUUUCUACUCAUCAGUAAUAUCACCUCUCUUUGAUUCACUAGACCCAUAUUUCCAACCCAACAUCAAGAAGCGCCAAUUAGCUAAUUUCUUAAGAUCACUCACACAAAACAACCCAGUAUCACACUACAAGCAAAUCCAUGCUCAAAUUAUAGUUUCAAGCUUGGAAUUUGAUACUUCUAUCACCAAUCUGCUUCUUAAUUUGUAUGCAAAGUCUGACUUUUUAUAUCUUGCUCGCAAAUUGUUUGAUAGAAUGCCUGAAAGAAACUUAAUUUCUUGGUCUUCAGUAGUUUCUAUGUAUUCCAAACGUGGUUUUAGUGAGGAAGCUUUGUUGGUGUUUUUGGAUUUUAAAAGGUGUUGCAAUGAGAAUCCUAAUGAGUAUAUUUUAGCUAGUGUUAUUAGUGCUUGUGUACAAGUUGGUGGUAGUAUAGAUAAACAAAUGCAUGGUUUUGCUGUUAAGAGUGGCUUUGAUCGGAAUGUUUAUGUGGGUACCUCUUUGGUUGAUUUGUAUGCAAAGGGUGGCAAUAUUGAUGAAGCUAGACUGGUUUUUGAUGGGCUAUUGGAGAAAAGUGCAGUUACUUGGACAACAAUUAUUACUGCUUGUGUUAAAAGAGGGAGAAGUGAGGUGUCAUUGCAAUUGUUUAGCCAGAUGAGAGAAACGAAUGUUGUACCUGAUGGUUAUAUACUCUCUAGUGUUUUAGGUGCGUGUUCACAACUUGAGUUUGUUCAAGGGGGCAAGCAAAUUCAUGGUCAUGUUUUGAGGAGGGGAAUAGAAAUUGAUGUUUCAUUUGUUAACGUGCUUAUAGAUUUUUACACCAAGUCUGGUAAAGUACAAUCUGCUCGGAAGUUAUUUGAUGGAAUGGCAGACAGAAAUGUAAUUUCGUGGACAGCGAUGAUUGCCGGAUAUAUGCAGAAUUCUUUUGAUAGGGAAGCUGUGAAGUUGUUUAUUGAGAUGACCAGAUUGGGUAGGAGGCCAGAUGGGUUUGUUUGCACUAGCAUUCUCACAUCAUGUGGUUCACUUGAGGCUCUAGAAUUAGGGAGACAAGUGCAUGCUUACAGUAUCAAGGGUAAUGUCGAGAGUGAUAUUUUCCUGCAAAAUGGUUUGAUUGAUAUGUAUGCAAAAUGUGGUUCCUUGAAUGAUGCAAGAAAAGUUUUUGAUGAUAUGACGAUACGUAAUGUAGUCUCUUACAAUGCACUAAUUGAAGGAUACUCAACACUUGAGCAGCUAUCAGAAGCUAUGAAUCUUUUCCGGGAGAUGAGGCAUGGGAUGCUCUCACCAAGCUUUUUAACAUUUGUGAGUCUUCUUGGGGCAUCAGCUACAUUAUCAGCCUUGGAAUUAGGCAAGCAAAUUCAUGCACUCAUUACUAAAUUUGGCAUUUCAAUGGAAAUAUUUGCGGGAAGUGCCUUAAUAGAUUUUUAUUCAAAGUGUUCAUGUCUGAUGGAUGCCAGACUUGUAUUUGAUAAGAUGACCGAGAAAGACAUUGUAGUGUGGAAUGCAAUGCUCUUUGGCUACACCCAACAGUUGGAAAAUGAGGAAGCUCUUAAACUUUACACCGAAUUACAAAUAUCUGAACCAAAACCCAAUGUUGUCACUUUUGCAGCCCUUACUACAGCAGCCAGCAACCUAGCCAGCCUGCAACAUGGCCAACAAUUCCACAACCAUAUCAUCAAAACAGGUCUAGAUUCGCAUCCAUUCACGACAAACUCCCUUAUAGACAUGUAUGCAAAAUGUGGAAGCUUAGAAGAUGCUCGAAAGGCAUUUGGUUCAUCAAUUAAGAGAGAUGUGAUCUGUUGGAAUUCCUUAAUCUUGACAUGUGCACAUCAUGGAGAAGCAGAAGAAGCUCUAAAGAUGUUUGAAGCAAUGAUAGAAGAGGGAAUAAAUCCCAACUAUGUGACAUUUAUCGGUGUCCUUUCAGCUUGUAGUCAUGCAGGCCAUGUCAAAGACGGCCUUCAUUACUUCGAAUCAAUGCCUAAGUUUAGCAUUAAACCAGGGACUGAACAUUAUGCUUGUGUAGUUUCACUUCUGGGUCGAUCUGGUAAACUAUACGAAGCGAAAGAGUUCAUUGAGAAAAUGCCAACAGAGCCAGAAGCAGUAGUAUGGAGGAGCUUGCUCAGCGCCUGCAGAGUUUCUGGUAAUGUCGAAUUGGGGAAAUAUGCAGCAGAAAAAGCAAUUUCAAUUGAUUCAACAGACAGUGGUUCGUAUACUUUACUGUCAAAUAUAUAUGCAUCAAAAGGAAUGUGGGUAGAUGUCAAAAAGGUGAGAGAGAGAAUGGAUAUUGCUGGGGUAGUGAAAGAAGCUGGACAUAGUUGGAUAUAAAUUGCAAGAGAUAGAACUCAUUGUAAAACAGAAGUAAUCUAUUCAGUUCUACAUUAUUUGAUUCUGCAUAUCAAAGGGGUAGAUUAUGUGCCUGAUGCUUCUACUAAUAAUACUCCUUUUAGAUGACUAA